CAGCUUGUCGGAGGGCUCCCGUGUGUCACGUGACCUCACGUGACUCCCGGAGCCUGCCCGCCGGUGGAGGUCUGUUGCCCUGACAACAGCUGGCCUGCCGGGACUUUCCGGAAAGCGCGGGCUCCCGGUAGCAGCGUUUCCAGUGCCUUAAGUACUUUUAGGAUGCUUUCUGUGUGAAGUGAAAAUUACUAACUAUGGCUCACUAUUCCAAAGAAGAACUUGAUGAAGAAUUUGAACAAUUUAUGAAGGAGCUUUCAGAUGAUUCUUUUGAAAAUUCAAACAAAACACUUAGACAACCUAAAAAAGAAACGAAGAAGAAAGAUACAGUGCCGUGGUGGAUAACCGAAGAUGAUUUUGAUGAUGGACUGCUUGGGACAAAUGUGAGCUAUUUGAAGACAAAGAAGACGUCUCAGCCUAUUAUGGACUCAGAAGAGGAGUCUGCUGAGAAAGCUCAAUUUCUUAAGAGCAGUGGGACCUCCAUCUUAAGCGUUGACAGCCUAGAAGCCAAUGAGUUAGUCGUUUCUGAGCUCCAUCAUAGUACCCUGGGGCUGGGCUUGGACACAUUAGAAGAAGAAGAAGAGAAGGAGCAGUUCUUUGCCAGACUUGAAAAAGGCUUGACAUCUUCUAUUGAUUAUUCCAAAUUAAAUCAAGAACUGGAUUCUGAUGACUCCACACAGUUCAGAGCUUUACAUAGUUAUCACACUAACACAGAACCAGCUGAAGAUGGACAUGAGAAUGAAUCAGAACAUGAGGGACUGCCAGAAACAUACAGUGAUGAUUUUGAAGAUGCUGAGGAUGUUGAUGCACCUUUGAUUACUAAAGAUGAAGAGACCCAUCCCAAAGAAAACUCAGAGUCAGGAAAAGCGAAUGUCCCCACACAGGAGGAAGAGAAAACCGGCAUGCUGGCUAAUGUUGAGCUGCUCGAUUCUUUAGACUCCGUUGAGGAUGUUCACCUUCCUGAUCAAAAGAAAGCAGGCCUGAAAGCAAAGGCCCUCCCAGAAAUGACUGGUGGGGAGCUGACGGGAACAGGCGUUUCUUAUGGCCAGAGCAGUGGGGACACUGAAGCCCUGCACCAGGCUUACUGUCACGUAGCUCAUUCUCUGGGGGAUACAGACGAACCAAGAAUUGAGGCUAGCACUAUGGGAAACGUCAAGAACUCAGGAAAAGAUCAUCUUCAAGAAAAUGAAGAGUCCUCAAAGAACAUUUCUACCACAGAAUCUGAUCUGCCCACAGUAGAGGAGCUGAUGAAACCCAUCAGGAUAGACUCCUAUGGGGUCAGUGGCUUUGACUUGCCACCCAUCAGCCGUAAGAAUGCAGCUGAGAGUCAAGAAGGGGACUCUGUGAGCUCCAUACCCCUGAAGAUGCACGCACACACCGUGACUGAAGACCUCACCCUCAGGAGCCCGUUUCCCCACAAACCGGGUGAGAGUGCGGCUUUACACAGGACAGUGGGGGCCAGCGUGGGCGGCGGCUGUCCGGCAGCAGCUGGUAUGGAAGAGCGGUUGGACAAAAUGUACCUUGAGAUUUUGAGGAAAAAAACAGCUGCUAACCCUUCACUAUUACCUCAGGAUGACAAAACGAACCAGACUUCCAGGACUCGGCUCAGCACUGGGGAAGAGGGACCUGUAACCGGCAAACAAGUUCUGUAUAAGAAGGUCAGAAGUGCACCUCCUCUGCUUAAGAGAAAGCCACAGAGUGGACUGUAUGUUUCCACUCGGAGCUCAGGCUAUGGCAAACCCAGUUCUCCGCUCCAGUUACUUUCUGCUCUUGAAAAGAAAACUUCGAAGGACAAUACAAAAAGUAAAAACGUGAGGUCCAUUCCCACCUCAAAUCAGUUUAGGAGAAAAGAAAUAUUAUCUGGAACAAAACUCAUCAAGCCUGCAGCUUUGAAUAAACCAUCCCCCCAAAGUGAAGGUAGCCUAGCUACUCCUAAGAGGCCUGAAGAUGCCACAGCUGAUGCCUCUGACCAGUUUCAGACUGAGCCUUCAGGAUCCUCUGGUGGGAACAGAGAGAAAGAAUUGCUAAUGUUGAAAAGAGCUCAGGACGCAGAGGAAAAAUGGAGGGGUGCACAAGCCCUAAUUGAACAAAUUAAAAUUACAUUCUCAGAAAAGGAGAAGGAGCUGGAGAACGCGCUGGAAAAUCUAAAGAGACAGCAAAAAGAGGAGCUCUUCAAACUGAACCAAGAAAAUUACAUUCUUCAGGCCAAGUUAAGUAGCUUUGAAGAAACAAACAGAAAGCAGAGAUGGCUGCAGCUUGGAGAAACCUCGGAUCCCAUCACUGGAGAAAAACUGAAACAAAUCCAAAAAGAGAUACAGGAACAAGAGACGCUUCUUCAAGGAUAUCAGCAGGAAAAUGAAAGAUUGUAUAAUCAAGUAAAAGAUCUCCAGGAACAAAAUAAGAAAAACGAAGAGCGAAUGUUUAAGGAAAAUCAGAAUUUAUUUAGUGAGUUAGCCUCUUUAAAAGAACAGAUGCACAAGGAUCGUUUCCUGUCUCAAGUAGUUGAAAAUGCAGAACCCAUCAAAAACCAGAGUUUUACAGAACUGCUAGCAGAAUUACGGGUGGUACAGAAAGAGAAAAAUCAUCUGAUGGAAGACAUCAAAAGACUGAAGCAAGACAAACAAGCUCUGGAAGUGGACUUGGAAAAAGUGAAGAAAGAGAGGGACCAGGCCAAAGACCAGAUUGCUUAUGCCACAGGUGAAAAACUGUAUGAAAUAAAAAUCUUAGAAGAAACACAUAAACAAGAAAUCAGUCGUCUGCAGAAGCGGUUACAGUGGUACGCCGAGAACCAGGAGCUUCUAGAUAAAGAUGCAGCUCGUCUCCGAGAGGCCAAUGAAGAAGCGGAGAAGCUGAAACUCGAGAUUGAAAAACUGAAAACUGAGUCCGGGAGCCCAGCUGCGCAGCAGAGGUUACGCUCGAAGGAAAGAGCUCUGGAUGCCAAAAGAAUUCAGGACCUGGAGCGGCAGGUUAAAGAAAUGGAAGGAAUUCUGAAGAGAAGGUACCCCAACUCUUUACCUGCUUUGAUACUGGCUGCCUCGGCCGCUGGUGAUUCAGUAGACAGAAAUACAGUGGAGUUUAUGGAAAGAAGGAUAAAAAAGUUAGAAGCUGACCUGGAGGGCAAAGACGAAGAAGCCAAGAAAAGCCUCCGCACCAUGGAACAGCAGUUUCAGAAGAUGAAGAUCCAGUACGAGCAGCGGCUGGAGGAGCAGGAGCAGCUGCUUGCCCACAGACUGAAGGAAGCGCCACAGAACCAGCGCAACAGCUCAUCCAGGCUUAAGGCCCUUGAGACAGAACUUGGGGAGGUAAAGGAAGCCCAUCAGGUCACCGUAAGAAAGCUGGAAGCAGAAAUCGAUGUGCUUAAGCAUCAAAAUGCCGAGUUAGAACACAAGAAGAAUGGCAAGGAGGAUGAGGACCUCCAGUCCAUAGAAUUCCAGGUAGAGCAGGCGCAUGCGAAAGCAAAGCUGGCGAGACUCAACGAGGAACUGGCCGCCAAAGGGAGAGAGAUCCAAGACCUUUCGAAAACCGUGGAGAGGCUCCAGAAGGAGCGGAGGAUGAUGCUGUCCAGGCAGAGCCCCAGGAGCAGGGAGGAAACGUCCGCCAAAAGGCCAAAGAAAGAAGUUCUGAACCCACAUAGAGGGAAUGCAAAUUCCUUCCCUGGAACCCUAGAUGCCAAACUGUACCACCCACACACCUUUACUGACUCUGAUGUUUCAGAGGUUUUACAAGAAAACUACAGAUUGAAAACCGAACUAGAGGGAUUGGUCUUAGAGAGAGAUAAGCUGAAGAUGGACUCGGAAGCAGCAGUGUACCAAUUUGAAAACUCCAUGAGAAGGGUCAAGGACGACACUGCGGCACACAUCGCGUCCCUCAAAGAGUCUCAUCAGAGGGAAAUAGAGAAACUCCUUUGCCAGAAUGCAGUAGAAAACUCCUCUUCCAAAGUAGCUGAACUGACUCGAAAAAUCACAACUCAAGAGGUACUUAUAAAACAUUUCCAAGGUCAAGUUAAUGAGCUGCAGGGUAAACAAGAAUCCCUUGCACUUUCUCAAGUUCGAGAAGAAAUCCUACAGAAACAGAUUACAAAACUCUUGGAAGAAUUGAAAGAAGCCAAAGAAAACCACACACCAGAGAUGAAACACUUCAUGGGCUUAGAGAGGAAGAUCAAGCAGAUGGAGAUGAGGCAUAAGCAGAGGGAACAGGAACUCCAACAGAUAAUACAGCAAACACGGCAAGUAGUGGAGAGUGAGCAAAACAGGGAGGUCGAGAAGUGGAAGAGGCUGGCCCAGUUGAAGAACCGGGAGCUGGACAAGUUCCGCACGGAGCUCGACUCCAUGCUGGACGUUCUGCGGGAGCUGCACCGGCAGGGCGUGGUUGUGCCCGUCGUCCCUCUGGGGGAUGAAGUAAACACGGCCGAGUUUUAGUCGCAGCUGGGAUCCGAGUGACCCCAUGGGAAGACGGAUGAAAAUGAGCCACUGUCGGGGCAGCUUUUGAAAAAACGAGGCUCCGCUAGACAGGCGUGUGUGACGGCCAGAGCAGCAAUGCUAGUCAGAAUAAACUGCCCCGAACCGACAAGGGAAAGAACAUUUGUCAGUCACGGUGUGGUUUACUGGAAACGGUUAACUAAUCACAUUGGAGAUGACUCCACGAGCAGGUCCCAUCAUGUGGGAAGACCACAACUGGCAAGGUUUAUUGCCGAAGGGCUCGCUCCCAGGCCACAGCGGAGGGAGAGCGGGGCUUGUCCUCAGCCACAUUCCAUAGAUUAAAGGUGUGCUUUUCAUUAUCCGUAGGACAGGAGAGCGGCUCUUUCUCGUGAAAUGGGUGGAGGAAAGUGAGCUGCACGCGGGGACAGUCUCAUCAACUGCCCGCUGAGCCAUGGAGAGCUCAGUAAUUUAAAUGACAGCCGUAACUUCUGUACAGGGAAACAGCAGCAAGUUCGCUUGGGUUUUUGGACCUGAUAUAAAUUGACAGCUAAUGGCACAGUUUGAUGUAUCCAUUCCUAGGCCAGGUCUAGUAAAUGGCAGUCCUAAUUUUUGGCAGCUCUAAAAUUAUAAACAAUAUAAGAAGUUUUACCUUUUCUGUUGAAAAAGAAAUACUAUGUACAUUAGAAAAAAUAAAAUAGCUCUAGCUUACCUUACAAUCCCAUUUUUUUAAAAGCGGAUCGGAAACGUGUGAGAUGAUGGUAGACCAAAGCUGCAGCCAGUUUGCCUUCAAGGGUCUCUCCCAGUCUGCCUUACAGCCCCUUGCUGGAGAGCAUGCUGUUCAUGAAGACAUGCUUGGUGUCUGUCCUGGGUGCUCCUAAUCAUCCAGAACACCUGGUUGCUCUUAGUAGCCCUGGGGAGCAUAAGAGCUACAUAGUACAUUUUAAUUUUUAGUCACAAGAAACUGUGAGCUAAAUCUUUAGAAUAUAUUUUACAUUAAUAACACAUUUCGAUUUGGACUACAUUCCAGCUGCAUGUGCCAGUAAAUGCAAUUCUGAGGUAAUACUUGCAAAGUAGAACAUUUCAUAAGGGACAGGUGAGCAAGUCUAGUGAAGUCAUGAGCAAAGGCUGUGAAGGGUGUGUGUGUGUGUGUGUGUGUAGAACCCGUUAAAUACAAGUGUAAUUACCGUCUUAAUGCCAACAUUCUGUAGUGUGUUUUUUUUCUGAGAGGGGAGUAAAAAAGCAUAUCAUUUUCAAUUUUUUCUUGUACAACAUUUCAAAGUUAUAAUACAAAUAAUUUAUUUUAUUAUU